UUCAUCUCAUCAAAUCCCUGGAAACAUCCCUGAUAUGUCCCAUUCAAGAUGGCAACCUCCUGCAAAGACGCCACCCUCCCAGACUCUGCCAUCCCCAGCAAUGAUGCAAGACUGUGCUGGGGCUCCACCAAGAACACUCACACUUACCUGUUCUGUAUGUAAGACAGAAUGUGCAAGUACGAAGGACUGGAUCUCCCACCAGAGCGCACCUCUUCACCUUGAGAACUGGAAACGCCGCCGGGAACUGUAUCCCGAUUGGGAUGGACAUGUGACAUCAGUACCGAGUUUUUCGGAUAAAAAUGCGAGGACACCCCGCUCAACUUCUCCCAUUCAGCAUUGCUACCCCAAAAUCCCGCGCCACAGCCUGUCCCCUUCUCCCUCGGGAGGCCCCGGCCUCCGGCGCCACCCUGUGGUUGAAAGAGAGAGACUUAGAUCCAGAUCACCAUCCACACACUCGUCCAGGUCCCGCUCUCGUUCCUGGUCUCCUCGGCUUCACCGCUAUGGAUCCUCCCGAUAUCGGUCACGUUCAAGGAGCCGGGAGAGAUGGCGUUCACCGAAAAGGGCGUCGCCGAGGAGCAGGAGCCGAGAGCGAUGGGCGUCGCCGAGGAGAAGGACGAAGGGCGUCGCCGAGGAGGAGGAGCCGGGAGCAAAGUAUUUCGCCGAGGAGGAGCCGGGAGCGAAGUAUUUCACCGAGGAGGAGGAGCUGGGACCGAAGUGCGUCUCCGAGGAGGAGGAGCCGGGAGCGAAGUGUUUCGCCGAGGAGGAGGAGCCGGGAGCGAAGUGUUUCGCCGAGGAGGAGGAGCCGGGAGCGAAGUGUUUCGCCGAGGAGGAGGAGCCGGGAGCGAAGUGUUUCGCCGAGGAGGAGGAGCCGAGAGCGAAGUUUUUCACCGAGGAGGAGGAGCCGAGAGCGAAGUGUUUCACCGAGGAGGAGGAGGAGCCAGGAGCGAAGUGUUUCGCCGAGGAGGAGAAGCCGUGA